UGUCGCUUUAUUGAUUGGUUCAUUUAUAUCUUCGCCGUUUCUUUCUUUCUGGAUGUCUGGUCCAUCUUUCUGGUAGAUAACCUACACAAUUCUUCACUGCGCUGUUUGAGCUUUACAAAUAUUCUUCCUUGCUUUUCGCCUUUUCGCACCCCAGCACUCCCAGCUCCUAAAAUCUAAAUCACAUCAAAUUUGCCAGUCCUGAAAAUCCAGGGAAGAUGACUGGCUUGAAGGAGUAUAUGGUGAUGAUACCAUUCAUGGCUCAUGGCCAUCUAAUCCCUUUCUUAGAUUUAGCCAAGAAAAUUCAACAAAGAACUGGCUUCGCCAUCACCCUGGUUAGCACCCCUCUUAAUGUCAAGUACCUCGAGAAUACCAUAUCAAAGGAUUCAUCCCAAGAAUCCCAAAUCAACUUAGAAUCUCUUCAUUUCAACAGUGUUGAACAUGGCUUGCCACCAAAUACUGAGAACACUGGGGCCUUGUCCUUGGACCUUAUCAUCAAACUCUUUCAGGCUGCAGCUAAUCUUGAAGACCCCUUUCGCCGUCUCAUCGCAAAAGUCAUCGAAAAGGAGGGACGUCCUCCGUUGUGCAUAGUUUCUGAUAUUUUUGUAGGGUGGGCUACUGCUGUAGCAAAGGAUUUUGAAACUAUAAAUGUAACUUUCACCACAGGUGGUGCCUAUGGCACUGCUGCCUAUGUUUCAUUAUGGCAGAACCUCCCUCAUCGAUCCUCCGGCAAAGAUGAGUUCAGUCUUCCUGGUUUUCCUGAUUCAUGCCGGUUCCAUAUCACCCAUCUGCAUAGAUAUCUGCAAGCUGCAGAUGGUACUGAUGAGUGGUCAAAGUUUUUUCAGCCACAGAUAUCAAAAUCUUUGGGAUCUCUUGGAUGGUUAUGCAAUACAGUGGAGGAAAUUGAGCCUUUUGGCUUGGAUGUGCUCAGGAAAUACAUAAAACUCCCAGUUUGGUGCAUUGGACCUCUUCUUCCACCACAAAUGCUUGAACAAGAUUCUUCUUCAGAAUCCAAAAUCAUCAGUCAGCCCAGCGGGAGAGAACCAGGAUUGCCUACAGAGAAAUGCCUGGAGUGGCUGGACUCACAUCCCGAGAGUUCUGUUCUUUACAUCUCUUUUGGUUCCCAGAACACUAUAAGUCCUCCUCAGAUGAUGGCAUUAGCUAUGGGGUUAGAGCACUCUGGGAAACCAUUCAUUUGGGCUAUUAGGUCUCCUUUUGGCUUUGAUCCUAAAGGUGAAUUCAAGGCUGAGUGGUUACCAGAAGGUUUUGAGGAAAGAAUGGCACAAACAAAUCAAGGAUUGUUAGUGCAUAAAUGGGCACCCCAAUUGGAGAUUCUUCGUCACAAGUCAACAGCAGCAUUUUUGAGCCAUUGUGGAUGGAAUUCAAUCAUGGAGAGUUUGAGUCAAGGUGUUCCCAUGAUUGGUUGGCCACUUGCAGCUGAACAAGGGUACAACUCAAAGUUGAUAAUGGAGGAAAUGGGAGUUGGUAUUGAGUUAACUAGGGGAUUACAGAGUCAUCUAGAGAAGGAGGAUGUGGAGAGGGUAAUAAAUACUGUGAUGGAGAAAGGAGGCAAAGGAGAGGAAAUGAAAAGAAAGGCAGCUGAGAUAAGAGGGUUGAUAAGCGCUGCUGUAAGGGAAGAUGAAGGACACAAAGGGUCUUCUUUGCAAGCUAUAGAUGAUUUCAUCUCUGCAGUUUUGUCCAAGAGAAAAGUUCUUACAGCAUCUUAAUCAAUUCUUGUUGAAGGAUUAUGUUUUAUUGGGCUGAAGUUGUCCUACUCCUACCAAUGAAGUUCACCUUUGGCUGUUGGGGAAAUUGGAUAUGAUUUAAUCCCUCCUCCAAUUUUAUCUGAAAUAAAGCUUAUUAGAGCAAUCUGAUUCUUUGAAUUAAUUUCUUAUGAAGGAUUAUCUU